AGAAGGGGGGAAAUUACAAUUACUCUUCUAGUUCUAUUAUUAAAAUGAAUCCAUUGCAUCAGUAGCAAGAAAUAGUGCUUCCAGUUCUGAUGCUCGCUUCCGAGCUAAAAGUCUUCUUGAACAGCUCUAUAAAUUUCAAGCAAGCUACUCAAAUUCAUGCCCACAUUCUCGUCAAUGGGCUUCCAAAUCUCGAGUCUUGCUUGGUCCGUCAAAUCACUCGUUCUGAGUUCACUUGCGCCAGAAUCGUAUCCCUUUAUCUCCAACAAAUUCUUCACCAUUCGCAAAACCCAGAUGCGUUCACAUGGGCCUGCGCCGUUCGAUUCUUUUCCCAGAAUGGCCAGUUCAUGGAAGCAAUCUCUCAUUAUGUUCAGAUGCAGAGAUUGGGACUGCAUCCGGGCACUUUUGCUGUAUCCUCGACUUUGAGAGCUUGCGGUAGGAUUAUGUGUAAGUUUGGUGGAAGCUAUGUUCACGCUCAGGUUUAUAAGUUUGGGUUUUGUCGCUGUGUUUACGUGCAAACUGCCCUUGUCGAUUUUUACUCAAAACUGGGUGAUAUGGGUUUUGCUCAGAAGGUGUUUGAUGAUAUGACUGAGAAAAAUGUGGUUUCGUGGAAUUCAAUCUUGUCUGGUUAUGUGAAAAUUGGGAACUUAGUUGACGCUCAGAAAGUGUUCGAUGAAAUGCCUCUGAAAGAUGUCAUAUCUUGGAAUUCCAUGUUGACAGGAUUCGCCAAUUCUGGAAAUAUGGAUCGAGCGUGGUGUUUAUUUCAACAAAUGGGGGAGAAAAGUUCGGCUUCUUGGAAUGCAAUGAUCAGUGGCUACGUGAACUGUGGAGACAUAAAGUCUGCUAGAAACCUGUUUGAUGUAAUGCCUAACAGAAAUAAUGUUUCGUGGAUUACAUUGAUUGCUGGGUAUUCGAAGCUUGGGGAGGUUAAUUCUGCUUAUGAGCUCUUUGAUAAGAUGGGUGAGAAGGAGCUUCUCUCAUUUAACGCAAUGAUUGCUUGCUAUUCACAAAAUAGUCUGCCUAACAAAGCAUUGGAGUUAUUCAACCAAAUGCUUCAACCCGAUGUGAACAUCCAACCCGAUGAGAUGACUUUUGCUAGCAUUAUAUCUGCUUGUACUCAGCUGGGAAAUCUGAAUUGUGGUACUUGGAUUGAGUCGUAUAUGGAAAAACUUGGGAUUGAGUUGGAUGAUCAUUUGGCGACUGCAUUAGUAGAUCUAUAUGCAAAAUCCGGGAACAUUGAGAGGGCGUUUGAGCUGUUCAAUGGUCUGAAAAAGAGGGAUUUAAUCGCUUAUUCAGCUAUGAUCUUUGGAUGUGGGAUAAAUGGUAAGGCAUAUAAAGCAAUCAGGUUAUUCAAAGAGAUGCUAAGUGUUAACAUUUGCCCAAAUCUAGUGACGUAUGCCGGACUUCUUACAGCGUAUAACCAUGGCGGUUUAGUUGAUGAAGGUUACCUUUGCUUCUCGUCCAUGAAGGACCAUGGACUUGAGCCACUGGCUGAUCAUUAUGGAAUCAUGGUGGAUUUGUUGGGCAGAGCAGGGCGGUUAGAAGAAGCAUAUGAGAUUAUACAGAGCAUGCCAGUACAGCCAAAUGCUGGGGUCUGGGGAGCCUUGCUUCAUGCUUGUAAAUUACAUAACAAUGUUGAGCUUGGUGAGAUAGCGGCUCAAAAUAGCUUGAAGUCGGUGACCGAUACAACCGGAUAUCGGUCUCUUCUAGCCAACAUUUACUCUUCUAUGGAGAGGUGGGAUGAUGCUAAGAGGCUGAGAAAAGCCAUGGGAAAUAAAGUAUUUGUCAAGAUAUCUGGGUGUAGUUGGAUGGAGCAAUCUGAAAGCUGAAUAUAUAUCCUCUAAAUUUUGCUUGGAACAACCUUUCUCCAAGGAGAAAACAGAUGCUAAAGAUAAAAAGAUUGAAUCUUAAAUGAAAGUUCUUGAUGGUUAGGUCCUUUA